ACAACGAGUCAGCCAAUUAGCGUCCUGUUUGGUUUGCUUGCCGUGCAGUGGCGUGUGUGUAUGUGUGUGUGUGUUUGUGCUGUCAUUUGGACCGACAUGGAUUAAGGAGCUGCUCUCGUAUCGAGAAGGAAGGAGCUAAAAGAGAUAAAAUAUUACAAACAGCAUCAAGAGCAGAGUGCGUAGGUGGAUCCUGCGGCGAGACUUGCGUGUCCUGCACAUGUAGUAGAUGAUCCACACGCGAAGCCUGAAGGCUGCACUGCAACAAUGCCAGAGUCUUCCCUGGAGGAUAUUUGCAGCAGCUCUGUUGAAUGUAGAACAUCCCCCUUGAGGCGGUUUAGCCAAUCAUCACUGCAACUGCACAAAAAUCCCUACAGUCUCAGUACCUUCUGCACCGAGCACAACGUUCAAGAAUGUCUAUCACACAUCAGUCAGGAGGUGUCAUCUCUUGGCCUCCCACCGGUCUGGGCGGAGUCAUGCAGCAGCAGCUCAGAGAUGGAUGUCGUGGCUGUGCUGAAUUGCAUGUACGACCUGAUUCAGCUGCACCGCAGGGGCCUCCGAACCCUGGAAAACAUGGAAGUGGAGCAGCUUAAGUCCAGCAGCAAUGUGGACUACCUGCAGCUCACCAGCACCCGGCUAAAAGAGCAGCUUGAGGUGUCCAAAAGAGAAAACACAGGACUCCUUGAGAGAGAACGACAGCUGCAGCUGAAAGUGAAGAGUUUGCAAAACUGCCUGAAAAAUGAAAAGGAUGAGGUGCAAAAGCUUCAGAACAUAAUUGCAAGCCGGGCCAGCCAGUACAAUCAUGAGAUGAAAAGGAAAGAAAGAGAAUUCAACAAACUGAAAGAGCGCCUGAAUCAACUUCUGGUUGACAAAAAGGAGAAGAAACAAGCCAUUGAUGUAUUAAACAACAUUGGGAGAGCAGAUGGGAAGAGAAGCCUUUGGAAAACUGAAAAGACAGAGGCAAAGCAUGAAGGGGAGAUGUAUAAGACUCUACUGAGCGAUUAUGACACCCGACAAAGGGAGUUGCUGCUGGAAAAUGCAGAGUUGAAGAAAGUGUUGCAGCAGAUGAAAAAGGACAUUGUGUCCAUUUUAAGUUCCAAGAAACCAAUGCUGAAAGACGACAAACACCAAGAUGGUUGCACACAGGCUGACUUGGAGGAGGAAGAGGAAUUCAUUGAUUCUAGUAAAGAAAGCGUAGAGCUGUAUUGUGUUCACGCCCGGGAGAAGCUGACCAAUAGUAUUCGUCUCCAGUGGAGAAGACUCAAGAGCCACGUUGAAAGAUUGGACAGCCAAGCAUCUUUAGCUCAGAUGGGUGAGAGUAAAAACGCUGAUGCUGUUUCCCGAGAAACUCACGAGGAGGAGAUGGACAGACUGAAGCUGGAGAUCCAGCAGUGCAAAGACUUUAUUCAAACACAGCAGCAGCUCCUGCAGCAGCAGCUGAGCUCUCCGUGUGAUGAGGAGACGGCUUCCCUGUUGAGCAACUGCUACAUGUUGCAGGAGAAAGAGCGCCUCGGAGAGGAGUGGAAGACCCUCGAGGAACAGAGAAAGAUCUUUGAGAGGGAGAGGAGGAACUUCACUGAAGCAGCUAUAAGACUUAGCCAUGAGAGGAAGGCCUUUGAGGAGGACAGAGCAACGUGGCUCAAACACCAGUUUCUAAACUUGAGUCCAUUUUCUGACUCAAAGAAACCACAGAUGUCAAAAUCUAAAAGUGCCUUUUUAAUAUCUGAUGCAAAGGCGUGUGCAGUGUCGGCUCCAGAAAGGCUCAUCAAAUGCCCAUCUGACACAAUCUCCCCGACACCCAGACGUGCUCCACUCACAACACCAUUAACAUCCGACCUGUAUCGCACACUUUGCCUUAUCCCAGAAAACAGCUCAACCAAACCAAAGAGAAAGACUGAACAUCGAGCGUCCUUCGAAGAAUCAAGCAUCGUUUUUAAUGGGAACCUUCCUGCUCAGCUCAAAGAGUGGGACGACAACAGCAGCCACAAGCUCACAAGGGAGAAGAAGAGCUCUAUAUGAAGCCAAAAACUUUUAUCAGUUAUAAGUCAUUAUUGUUAUCAUAUGUCCAUUAGUUAUGGAUGAUUUGUGGUAUUUCAGAAUGACACCUGGUUUGUGAAUGCCAAACAGUUGCAGAAGGACUGUAAACUGAUUAAACAUUCGGUUAGCUGCUGGUGUUCUGUUCUCUGUGUGACUGAGAGAAACUCUGUAAUCUAAUUGUUUCUUUUUUUAAUAUCUUACUGCUUUACUUUUAGAUUAUGUGAUAAAUGUAUUUAUUUAUUUAUGUGGCACUGUAUAUCUUGUUUGGGCAAUCAUAUCUUAUUGCAGUCAAAACCAGUAUUUUUUGGCAGUGCAGGUGUGCCACAAAAGGUCAUGUGUCCCAGUAAUGAGAUGUUACUUGGCCUUUGCUAAUGGCCACCGCUGAACCCAAAUGUUGCCGUUUAUAUCAUGUCUUUUAAGUUUCUGUUAUCAUGUUGUCAACAGUAUCUUAGAAUGUAGAUUUAAUGCUGCUGUCUCACUAAAUGCAAUAAGAAAUUGGGUUAAUUAU